CAGUGCGUGGUUUGUGGGCUCCGCCAAGGUGGAGGAGCGGCCAUGGCGUCCGCCGCACGCCUGGCGGCCGUCGCCGUUGUGCUAGCCGCUGCAGCCGCCACCCCGCACUUCCCUAACCCGUCGGCCCAGCAGGAGAAGGAGCCCGGGUUCUGGUACCGCUCGAACCGCGAGGCCCUCGAACAGCGCUUGAAGGCCGAGAAGCGCGAGGGCCGCGCCCACAACGUAAUCCUGUUCAUCGGCGACGGCAUGGGCCUGUCCACCAUCACGGCGGCGCGCGUGUUCAAGGGGCAGCUGGCCGGCAAGGCGGGCGAGAACUCCGCGCUGUCCUUCGAGAAAUUCCCGCACACCUCGCUCUCCAAGGUGUACUGCGUGGACCGCCUGGUGCCCGACUCCGCCUGCUCGGGCACGGCCAUCCAGUGCGGCGUCAAGAGCAACUACUACACGCUGGGCGUCUCGGCGCACGUCACGCUGAACAACUGCACCGAGUCCUCGAACCCGCGCCACCACCUCAAGUGUCUCUACGAGCUCGCGCAGGAGGCUGACAAGAGCACGGGAUUCGCGACCACGGCCGCCGUGACGGACGCCACAGUGGCCGCGGGCUACGCGCACUCGGCGCACCGCGAGUGGGAGAGCAGCGUGGGCGGCAAGAGCGGCGACAACUGCCUCGACAUCGCGCACCAGCUGGUGCACCGGCCGCCGGGGCUGCAAUUGCGGUUCAUCGCUGGUGGCGGGCGCGAACACUUUCUCGUGCCCGAGGAAGCCGUGCAGAGGGGCCAGCCGGGAAAGCGUCCGGACAGCCGGAACCUGAUCGAGGAGUGGACCCACCUCAAGCAGGCGGACCGAAUGAACGCUCACGUGUGUAUCACUAAGGAGGACGUCGAGAACCUAGACACUGAGACAACGGAUACCGUGCUAGCAUUGCUCGCCAGCGGUGACCUCCCGUACGAGAAUCUGGACGACAUCCGGAAGGGCACCAGCCUUUUGACCAAACUCACCGAGAAGGCAAUCCAAAUUCUGAGCAAAAACCCUGACGGCUUCGUGCUCCUCGUCGAAGCUGGCCAAAUUGACAAGGGUCACCACGAGAGUUUGGCACACCGGUCUCUGGCCGAAGUGCUUUCAUUGGACCUGGCCGUCGCCAAGGCGGUCGAGAUGACGCGGCCUGAUGAGACGCUCAUCGUCGUCACCGCCGACCACGGACACACAUUCGUCAUGGGCGGAAAACCGCAGCGAGGAGCUAACGUCUUCGGCGUUGACAACAAGCAGCAUCCGAGGACCGUGCUCAAUUACGCUGUCGGGCCGGGUCACCGGCGGGACUACUCAAACCUUACCUUGGAGGAGACAUGGCUUUGCAUCAAACCUCGUCCUUUCGAGCAGCGCGCGAGGACUUCGCCUUCCCGUCCGCGUACUGGGAGAAGGCGGGCACUCACAGUGGGGAGGACGUGGCCGUGUUUGCCUAUGGACCCUACGCGCACCUGUUCAGCGGGGUGCAUGAGCAGACGUACAUCUACGAGGUCAUCAGGUACGCUGCUGGUUUGGACGAUUCGAGUUACUCUACGAGACGCCAGUCCUUAUUUGCAACUGUCACUGCGUGGGUCCCGGGUCCCGUAAAAUACGCCCUGGCGCUCGCUGUGGUCUUUUACUUGCACAUGUUUGUCAAGACAUUCCUAUAGACUUUAAUAAAUCAAUAGUGCAUAAUCACAA